UUUAUCUCACUCUGCUUGUUGGCCACCCAGACAUCAGUAGACUUCCUCAGUAUCAGGAACUUCCACCGUGCUGCUGACCAUGGAAGGACUGAAACUUGUACAAGCUCUAUCUCUCCUGGGCUGUUUCCUGUUCCUGGCCAGCUGUGACACUUCAAGCAGUGCUCGCUGCUACACUUUACAAAUGGAAACACAAGACAGUAAUUUUGAUGUGUGUAACUAUCUCCUUGGAAUUACAUACAAGAACUCAAAUUGGACAUACAAUGGCUGUGAGAAUUGCUCUUGUGAUCAAAACGGAGUGAAAUGCUGCACUACGCUUGCUAUACCUACACAGUAUGAUGAAGAAAAUUGUCAUCCCAUUUUCCAUCAGGAAAACUGUACCUACACUGUAGUGGACAAUGAAGACCCAGAAAAGCCCUGUGCUGUAGGCAACUGGAUACUGUAACAUCCUCUUGUAUGACCAGAACUUUAAUGCCACCCUUCUUGCUCCUAAACCUCUGAAAGCCUGUGAUUUGGUGGCCGUAUCUAGCAAUAAAGUAAUUCUUCUAAAACCUUUA